AUGUCAAGAAUUGGAAGGUUUAAUUUAGUAGUUUUAUCUGGCUCUGCCAAACCUAGUGCAAGCAUUGGGCAAACACUUGGCCCCUUAGGCAUAAAUAUGAUGACGUUUUUCAAAGAAUUCAAUGAAAGAACAAAAAAUAUAUCGAAAAAUGUGCCAAUUCAAGUAACACUGGAGCCGCUGAACGACAGAACAUACAGAUUUUAUCUGAGAACUCCAACAGUCGUUUGGUUUAUCCGAAGAUGUGCCAGAGUACCCAUGUUCAGUCCAACAGCAAAGCAUCACACCGUCGGUUCAAUUACUCUAGCAGAGGUAAGUUUUGUUUUUCAUAUAGCCAAGUGCAAGCGCAUGGAUCCUCCGUUGAUAAAUCUGUCGCUCAAAAGUAUAUGCAAAUAUAUUAUCGGUACAUGCAACAGCAUGGGAAUACAGGUAUGCAAAGAAUUAGACGAUGAAGCUAAGAAAAAGUAUUUUGUAGAUGUUAACCAACUAGACAAUAUAAAAAAAGACAUAAGAACCAGGAACAAGCAUCAGAAAAGGUCCAAAAAAUGA